AUGGAGAUGGAGAUGUUCAUCUCGAGCCCACACGCAGCCAAGCCAGGAGCUACAGAUUACAUGAUGACCGGGCAACUGGGCAGGAUGCGAUCUGCCGAUGCCGAACGGCUUUUGAGGCACGGGGUAGACAACAGCCUUUCGAAGAUAGAAGAGUCGCAACGUGCUGUGCCGAAUGCGUUGAUGCAGAAGCUCGGCGAGUGGGCUCGGCGAGUUGGGUAA